CGCACAUCAUUGGCUUCUCCGCUACUACAUCUACACUUGUCCUACUAUCCCAGAUCUUACUUCAUCGUCCAACAUCUUGAUUAUCUGGGAGACACUCUGCUUGAACUUCCCUACUACUUGUGCUGGGAAAAAAUACUACAGCUCGUGCUAUACAUAUUCAUCGCCAUUCAAAUACUUCCAGCACUGCUCCAACAAAUCUGAAAGGCGCUCCAGCAUAUUGGAAUCUAUAUCAUCAAGCGCGACACUCUCAAGUCACCUCAUUGCUCCGCUAUCCACCGAGUCGUGGAUUACCUGACCAUUAUUCACUUCUCCUACUGGGUGGAAUGUGAGCAUCCUAUACGAGUACGAUAAUUAUGUCCACAGAGAGGGCACAAUAACCGGGUUCCAACCAUUGAUGACGUUUGUUCUGUCUGAGACUGGUAUCGUAUCGAUCCUUCUCCCCCGUAAAAUGGCACCAUUCGGAUCCCGUUCAGGAGGCGGCGGUACCUCAAGCUCCUCACACGUAUUCGGGAUCCCUCGCAAAUUCCGGCUCAACAGCCAACGGACCGAGACUGAGGCCCUUCUGGCGUCACAGCACGACGAGGAUGAAGAAGACCACGCCGAUAGCGACGGGUUAUAUCCGCCGCAUUGUACCUGGACCAGCAAUCAGGAUGAAAUGCCCAGGGCGGCGGAUUUGUAUCGGAAUGCUGAGUGUAAUGUUUAUGAGAAUAUUCUUCGCAUUCGAAGAGACAUCAUCAACAGUAUCGACGACCCAUACUCGCUCGAGCAGCUGAAAGCGCCGCGCAUGAAUAUAUCCGUCGUCCGGCCUCUUGUCGAUUCUCUGUUUGAGAAACAGGAUCUUUCACUCGUUUACUGUCUCCUCGUCAAUCGAAUGCAAUUCAUUCGCGAACAAUCCUCCGCCACGCAUCAUCAAACCGUCAAUCUUACCCGCGCACUGCUAUGCGAAUUGGUGGCUGAAAAGCUCCUGCGUCGCUACAAUGAACACAAUCCCGGCCCCAGAGGUCUGCUGAAGCUUGCAAACAUUCUCGUUGCUGGUUUCGAGCCGCUUCAAGGCGCUCCUCCGGAAAUCGUUGAGCAGAGCACUAGCCGGCCCAGUCGGUGGACGACCCAUCGAAAGGCCGCCAAUCCUGAAAAGAAGCUGACGGCUCUCGAAGUGGCCAUUGUCAGUGCCAGUAAGAGUUUUCUGGCCAGUAGUGCUUGCCAGAAAGUCGUCGAGGCCAUCUACCGUGGGAAACUGGUCUACACCCCCAGCAGUUUCAUCGAGGUCAUUCCAGACCGGUGGAAGAAGAGGCCCAUCUCGCUCUACGACCCGAGGAGGGCGCCCCUGCUGAAUCAAUAUCGUCUGGUGGUGCCACGGACGCGGAACAUCAUUGAGGUUUUCCAAUUUGUCGUUUUGCUCGGUUUGUAUAUCGCCGUCAUGGUGGCUCGCGAAACACGCAUGACUCCCCAGUACACUGUCGUCGAGGGAGUCUUUGACAUUUACGCUUCUGGCUGGGUCCUCGAUCAAGUGGCUUCUGUUCUUGAACACGGCUGGGGAGUCUACACUCAGAACCUCUGGUCGUUCCUUGAUGCCACGUUUAGCAUCAUCUUUGCCACAUACCUGAUUCUUCGGCUUCAUGCAUUUCGCAUCAGCGAUCAGACCGAGGCCACUGUUUGGGCUCGAACGUCGCUCGAUAUCCUCAGCUGCGCCGCGCCGGUUUUGAUCCCGCGGCUGGCGUUCAAUUUCAUGUCUGAAAACAUGCUGUUUCUGUCGCUCCGGGCCAUGAUGUCUGAUUUUUUGACGCUGUCCGCCCUUGCAGUGUGGUGUUUUGCAGGGUUCAUGUUAAGCCUGAAAUGGUUACACGCAGGAGCUCACUCGUCCGUCACGAUAGGAAAGUGGAUGAUAUGGAUUUGGUUCGGUCUUGACGGCACGGGCAUUGACGAGUCGGUGGACUUUCAUUGGCUUCUAGGGCCAGUAUUGAUGAUUCUUUUUGCCUUCCUGGGAAACACGCUGUUUCUGACCAUCCUCGUGUCAAUGUUGACCAACACGUUCAGCGGCAUAGUGGCCAAUGCGGUACAGGAGAUCCUCUUCCGGCGUGCGGUCUUGACGUUUGAAGGAGUUAAAUCAGACGCCAUUUUCGCAUACAUGCCACCGUUUAACAUCUUGGCACUGAUCGUCAUGCUCCCGCUCAAGCUGUUGGUCUCGGAGCGCAUGUUCCACAAGAUCAAUGUCGCAGCGGUCCGGAUCCUCAACUUGCCGACAUUGUUGGUCAUUGCAUGGUACGAGAGAAGGACGUUGUGGAUGUCGGAUAAGCACCGGCCACAUCGCGCCCAAAAGAUCGACUGGAAGAAUCCCAACGGGCCCAGAGCUACAGCCUCGCCGUAUUGGGCCAUCACAAGGUUCACUGCUCAUGGGGAGAUCUACGCAGUCUUUGAUAUCGACCCACCUCAAGCGGUCUUGGACAAAAUCGCCGAAGAGGACGAGCUAGAGUAUGGUUCUGGAAUAGGGAAGGCCUUGAACAAUAAUUUGAAUGAACGGUUUGAGUUUGUCCCGACAGCCCGACGGGCUAGUCAAUCUGUGGACCCGAAGAGACGAGAAUCCGUCGAUCAACGGGGAAACAGGAAGGAAAUGCAACGCACAAAAAGCGUCAAUCAGGAGUUCGGUGACUCGAGCGAGGCAGAAGACCAGCCUACUCAUCCACGUGGGUAUCGGAAGCUGAAACGUGGGGAGCGGAUGGAUUCUCUUAUUGACCUGAACGAUGAUGGCAACGAUAAGCUCAUGGAGGCUAAUGCCCGGCUCCAUAAGAUGGAAGCUGCCAUUGCAAGGAUCGAGGCGAUGUUGGUGCAAGUCAUGAAUGAGGAUGCCAGUUCGGGCAGCAGUAAAGGACAGGCUUCAGCCGAGUCGGAACAGGAGGCACAGACAAGCACGACCAAAUGAAACGAGAUAGGGUCUGGCGCCCAUCACAGAUUGACUGAAAUCAUUCUGCACUAUAAUUGAGGCGAUAAACAAAUAACAGACUCAGCACUGCAUAAUGACCACUCUCCAAUAGUAUCGUG